GUGCGCGAUAGGCCCCGGCCGCUAUUGCACCACCGCCCUCGCACCACCGCCGCCGCCGCCAUGUCCUUUCUCUUCGGCAAGAAGAGCAAGCAGCAGUCCAAUGCGCUGCCCCCGGCGACUAGAGAAAUCACCUCGUCGCAUGGCCCAGGCCAACAACCCCCAGCCGUCAAUGGCAACGGCUCACGCGAACUCGAAAAGCCCCGUGGCGGCCCCCCGUCCCAGACGCCCACCCCCGGCACCAGUGUGAACAACUCGUUGAGCUCCCUCCAGAAUCCUGCAAAUGCGCCCACCCCCGAGCCCAAGGCCCUGCGGGAGAAGGCCGACACCAACAUCCAGAACACAAACCCUAGAUUUGCCGGCAAUUCGCCAGACUCCCCUUACCCCUGGUCCUCCCGCCGCUUGAACUUCACCGCAGGCAAUCCGUUUCCGCGAUACGGCGCCGCCAUCAAUGCCACAGCCUCCAAGGAUGGCACCAUCUACCUUAUGGGUGGACUUGUGGGCGGCGCGACGGUCAAGGGUGAUCUGUGGCUGACAGAAAUGGGCAACGGCAGCAUGGCCUGCUAUCCCAUCUCCACCACGGGAGACGGCCCCGGUCCUCGCGUCGGUCACGCCAGUUUACUCGUUGGCAAUGCAUUCAUCGUCUUUGGAGGAGACACCAAACUGGCUGAUAACGAUGACCUGGACGAUACCCUGUAUCUUCUCAACACAUGUGCGUAGAGCCUGGAAUGACCUAGAACUCCGACUAACGUGUCGCAGCUACAAAACACUGGUCGCGCGCACUACCACAAGGCCCCCGUCCCACCGGUCGCUACGGACAUACCCUAAACAUCCUCGGCUCCAAGAUAUACAUUUUCGGCGGACAGGUUGAGGGCUUCUUCUUCAAUGAUCUAGUAGCUUUCGACCUGAACUCGUUGCAAUCUUCCGCCAGUCGAUGGGAAGUGUUACUUCC